AUGUCGCUGUGUCUUUUAAGGCCCCCUUUCAGGGCUUCUUUCUUUCGCUGGUUGGUGUUGGGGUGUAUAUGCAGCUGGUUGGGUUGCAUAGUCAGCUCGGGAUACAGCCGCAAGGGCGCCAGCAGCAGCAGCAACAGCAGCAACAGCAGCAACAGCAGCAGCAGCAAUAUUGGGGGCCCCUUGUCUCCUUUUAAUUCUUUUUUUUCUUCUUCUACCUCUGAUUCUCCUUUUGUUUUUCUUGAAGACCGAGAAGCCGGGGAGUCAGAGAAGGAGACAGCAGGAGAGACAGCAGCAGAGACAGCUGAAUCUGCAGGAGGACCAGAAGAGGCAUCUGCUGCUGAGUCUGUUGCAGAAGCAGAGUCAGAGAGAGAAGCACCGCGGCGCAGAGGAGCAGCAGCAGCAGCAGAAGAAGAAGAAGAAGCAGAAGAAGAGGGAUUCGAAGAAGGGAGAGAGGAAGAACGCAGAAAACCACCAGCAGAAAAAGCAGCAGCGCCAGCAGAAGCAGCAGCAGCACCUGGAGCUGAAGAAGCAGCAGAAGCCGCAGCCGCAGCAGCAGCAGCAGCAGCAGCAGCAGCAGGAACAGCAGCAGCACUCGCAGCACCUCCUUUGGGUGCUGUUCCUGUUUCUGAAUUCACACCUCAACUCGGCUACAGCGAUGGAGCUGAACUCUGUAACUCCGUCUCCUGCCGCAGCGUUCUAUCAGGCGCAAGUCCCUCUCUCCCUAUCAAAGGGUGCAAGAAGGCUGUGAAGUGCGGAGGCUGUAAACCGGGCGGAACGCCUGAAGGCAAAUGCCUCCAGUGGAAACCGCCGAGACAACCGGAAGUGCUGCUAAGAAACGGAGCCUAUUACGCAACCAAGCGUUUAUCUCGGUCCGGGUCUUUGGAUUUAGCAAUAAAAUGGGACACGGAAAACGUUCCGUUGGACUUUUCUCCCUGCCUGCUAGACGUUAAACAAGCAACCCUAGCCAGUAGAGAACUGCGAGAGACAGGGGGCAGCAGUUUCAUAGAAAUACCUGGUGUUCUUAGUGUGCCGAUUACUGCAGGAAACGUCCGCGCGUUUGGUUUCCAUCGCAUGGUGCAGCUGACGUUGGCGGUGAUCCGAAUUCCAGAAGAGGGAGCAGAAAGAGCUUCGGUUCCGAAAGUAUCUUUCGGAAUUAAAUUAAAUGAAGGACUUGGAAUGGCCCGUGCUUUCUCUACUGCCGCUCGACCUGUCGUUACACCCGCGUGCUUCGUCAGCGAACAGCGCAGCAGUGUACUUACGCUUCAAUCGCAGGAAGCUUCAUUUUUCACUGGGUGGUUUUCUGUUCCGAAGCACAAGACCUUUCAGCUGUAUCCGCGGAACUUCACUGUUCGUCUCUUUUGUCAGUCGAGUUCUGAAUGCCAAUUAUCGCAGUUAUCGAUUUGUGCUCGACUUUCUUGUCCAAUUUCAUCUCCUGAAGUAGAGAAAGAAGUGAUGAUCGCAGAAGAAGCAAUGAAACACCCAGUUGGCCCAAUGCCUACUGCGCCCACUCCUGGUGCUGCUGCUGCUGCUGCUGCUAGGGGGGGGACCUUGCUGCAGCAGCAAAUGCUUAUGCAGCAGCAGCAACAGCAGCGUGUUCGGCAGCUUCAGUUAAGGGGUCGCUACGGAUUUGUGCCUUCCUGGAUGAGUGCAGCAUCUGCACCUGCGCACAAUUUGGGACUAGCGGCGCGUGCGCCUUUUUCCAUGGGAUUUAAACUGCGGAGGGAGUGA